AAAACCUCCAUGAACAUGGUGAGACGAAUUCCGGAGUGUACGAAAUUUACCCCUAUGGAUCCCGAGCCCGACCUGUCAGCGUUUACUGUGAUAUGAUUACAAUUGGAGGGGGUUGGACGGCAAUCCAAAAACGUGUAAAUGGAAGUGUGAGCUUUGAUCGAACAUGGGACGAAUAUAAAAAUGGAUUUGGUGACGCGGGACAGGAUUUCUGGAUCGGAAAUGACGUGAUCCACCAGUUAACAAGGGGAAAGAUCUGUAGUCUCUACAUUUCCAUCACUCUGGUUAAUGGUAGCAAACUAUACGAGUUGUACGAUCAGUUCUCAGGUUCAAAUGAAGCAGAAAAAUAUCAAAUCUUACUGGCGGGGAAGGCCUCCGGAACCUUAGGUGACAGUAUGAUGCACACGGGCAAUUCUGCCGCUGAUCUGUCUGGAAUGAAAUUCUCGACGUCUGACAAAGAUAACGAUCAUUCAAGAGGAAGCUGUGCUAUUGCCUCUAAGGGUGGCUAG